AUGAAGUUCGGAGAACACUUGAGAAAGGCUCUCAUCAAGAACUACUCAUUCUACUACAUCUCCUACGAUGACUUGAAGCACCAGUUGAAGAAGGGUCUCAAGGACAACGACUACCAGUGGUCCAACGAGUUGGAAGAAGAGUUCCUUGCUGCCUUGGAAGUAGAGUUGGACAAGGUCUACUCGUUCACCAAGGUCAAGAACACCGAGGUCAACCGUAGAAUCAAGGAGCUGGAAAAGUAUGUCUACGAGGUUGUAGACGCACUCCAGCCCGUCAAGAACCCUCCUCAGGAACAAGACUUCGAAGACUUGGAGCAGGAGUUGAGUGAUAUCAUUGCUGAUGUCCACGACUUGGCCAAGUUCACCAGAUUGAACUACACUGGUUUCCAGAAGAUUGUCAAGAAGCAUGACAAAACGACCAAGUUCAACUUGAAGCCCAUCUUCCAGGCCAGAUUAAACCACAAGCCCUUCUACAAGGACAACUACGACAACUUGAUUGUCAAGUUGUCCAAGUUGUAUGACUUGGUCAGAACCAGGGGUAACCCUGUUAAGGGAGACUCGUCUGCUGGAGGCUCGCAACAGAACUUUGUUAGACAAACAACAAAGUACUGGGUACAUCCAGAAAACAUCACCGAGUUGAAGUUGAUUAUCUUGAAGCACUUGCCUGUGUUGGUCUUCAAUGCUGACAAGGAGUUCGAACCAGAAGACUCUGCCAUUACUUCCAUCUACUUUGACAACGAGGACAUGGAUCUUUACUACGGCAGAUUGAGAAAAGACGAAGGUGCCGAGGCUAUCAGAUUGAGAUGGUACGGUGGCAUGAAGUCGGAACAGAUCUUCGUAGAGAGAAAGACGCAUCGUGAAGACUGGACCGGUGAAAAGUCUGUCAAGGCUAGAUUUGCCUUGAAGGAAAAGAAGGUCAACUCGUUCUUGACUGGUGACUUCACAGCUCAACAAGCUUUUGAAAAGAUGAGAAAGGACGGUAAGAAAUCGCCUCAGGAAAUCGACAAUUUGGAAAGAUUAGCUAAAGAAGUUCAGUACAGAGUGUUGAAAGAAAAGUACAGACCUGUUAUGAGAUCUUUCUACAACAGAACCGCCUUCCAGUUGCCUGGUGAUGCCAGAGUUCGUAUUUCUUUGGAUACCGAGUUGUCUAUGAUAAGAGAAGACGACUUUGACGGCUACGACAGAACCCAUGGAAACUGGAGAAGAAUGGAUAUCGGAGUUGAUUACCCAUUCUCUCAGUUACCAGAGAAGGACAUUUGUCGUUUCCCAUAUGCUGUUUUGGAAGUCAAGUUGCAGACUCAAUUGGGACAGGAACCUCCUGUUUGGGUCAGAGACUUGGUCACCAGUCAUUUGGUAGAAGCCGUGCCUAAGUUCUCCAAGUUUAUUCACGGUGGAGCCUCUUUGUUGACUGACCACGUAGACUUGUUGCCUUUCUGGCACACGCAAAUGGAUGUAGACAUCCGUAAGCCUAAGAUUCAGCAAGAAUACGGUAUCCGUAGAAAUCCGCAAGCAAGAAUCAUGGCCUCUUCUACCUCCGGUGGUGAGUUAGAUGAGGAAGAAUUGACUGGUUCUUCUUACACUGGAGUCCAUUUCUCAAACGACAUUAACCCCUUGGAAGAAGACUUGGACGAAUCGACUCCGCUCUUGUUGCCCAACACCUACACCAACAGACGCAGCGAAUCGCCUAUCACCACGUUCUUGUACCACUUGUAUGGCCAAUUCUUGCAUUACUUUAACGAUGACCGUACCUUCACCGUCAAGCCCGGUACCAACUUCGACUUGAACGAAACUUUCAAGGACAAGUUACCAAAGGGUAAGACGAUCUGUGUGCCCAUCAGAAUUGAGCCAAAGGUGUACUUUGCCAAUGAGAGAACUUUCUUGAGUUGGUUGUCGAUUGGUAUGCUUUUGGGAGGUACAGCCAUGUACUUGUUGAACUACGGGUCCAACUCUUCAUUGACCGCCUCCAUCAGUUUCUUCAUCACCUCGUUGUUCACAAUUUUCUACGCCAUCUACAAGUACAUCUGGAGAGUGAUUAUGAUCAGAGAAAAGAGAGCAGCUCAAUAUGGUGACAAGUUUGGACCAAAUAUGAUCUGUGCCUUUAUUUUCUUGUCAACUUUCACCACUUUCCUUUUCAAGUUCUUGGAAAAGUAACUUCAAUAGUCGUUUUUUGUAGAUGAUUACCUUUAACAUUUUAACAUACUGUCAUAUCUAAUUUCACAUAUUUCUUGUUCUGGAACAUUGCAUUAAUACAGAAGAAAUGUAGGUGGUGUAAAGAACUAUGGAGAAUGAAUUAUCUUUAGAUCCGAAAGAAACAAAAAUUUAAUACGUUUUAGAGAACAGAAUUAAUGUAUCUACAUAGAUAGAAUUUAUUUGGGAUCAAAUGC